AUGUGGAAACGCCUGGCGGAGGACGAGCGUAAAAUCUGGACGGAACUGGCGGAAGAAGAGAAGAAGAUGCAUGGACUCAAAUACCCAGGCUAUCGAUACAAGCCAAAUCGAAGACCAAAGUCUCAGGGGAAGCAAAGCUAUCGGUGUCCCAAGUGUGGUGGUCGGCAGAACAAGACGACACGAUCUGCAGAGUCACCAGGAUCACCGCAGUCUCCAGAAUCCGUAGGAUCUUCACAGUCUUCACCAUCGUCCAGAACACCGCGGGUACCACGAGGGCAUCCUCGAGGCCCGCAGGGGUAUCAGGGGCCACGAACACCGCGAACUCCAAGAAUUUUGGCGACUCCAAUCACCCCUUUCGCAGCCUCGGCUGAAGGCUCGUUCACAACACCUCUGUCAUUUGCAGGCCAUAGGAACUCAGAGUCAUAUUCUUGGCCGCCUCUCAAUGCACCAAACACUCAUCCUCGUCUCCAGAGUGGUGUUACACCAUCUCUUUAUAGAAUAAUCGAGCAAAGGGAACCUCGAAGCCCCAGAGAUUACGGCUCAGCAUCACCGGACAGGAGACGACGCCGAACGAACGACGCCGGAGAUUAUUAUGCAACCGGCCGCGAUUUUGAUAAUGGAAGACGCCCAGAACUGGCGUUCAAUGAGAUACUGGGGGCGUCUGUUGUGCCCCAGCCUGCGUCUUUUCCUAGGUCGCAAAGCCUUUCUACUCUACCACCACCUCCCUGGCAGCAGGGUACGGAUACGCGGCAGAAUUCAGGGUUUGGCGAUCCUCCGCCUCUUCCUACUCUUGAGCCGCCGCUGCCGCAAACUCCAUCAUGGCCAUCCCUCGGGAACUACAGUAUACAUCGGCGCCUUGAAGAAAAGUCAUAG